UGCACACGGGCUGUGUCCAUUAUGAGGGACUCCCACCAUCCCAGCGCUAGGUUCCCAGGUGCCCAUUAUGAGGCAUUUUCACCAUCCCUGAGUGGAUUUCCAGUGUCUACACACCUGCUGUGCCCAGUAUGAAGUGCUCCCACCAUCCCUGUGCUGAGUUAGGCUCAGCAGAUUUGCAGAUCCUGUAUUAUGAGGGAUUCCCACCAUUCCUGUGCUAAGUUCCUCAGUCUGAACACCUGUAUUGCCCAUUAUGAGGAGCUCCCACCAUCCCUGUGCCGAGUUCCCAGGUUUGCUUAUCUGCUGUACCCAUUAUAAGAGGCACUAACCAUCCCUGUGCAGAGUUCCUGGGUCUAAACACCUGCUGUGCCCAUUAUGAGGGGGUUCCCCCUAAGUCAGUGCUAAUUUCCCAAGUCUACUCUGCUUCUGUGCCCAUUAUGAUGGUCUUCUACCAUUCUCAUGUAAGCAUGAUCUUUAUCACAUAUCAUGCUGCUUUUUGCUUUAUUAAAUCAGACAGACUUUAUUCCAGCUCCGUUAUUUUUACAACUGUUUAUUAAGACACUUGUUGUACCAUGGUGGUGGCGAUAUGUUUAUUCUAGGUAAGGGGUCUGAUCACCAUGGAAGGUUUUCAGUCAUUCACUAAUAUCAGAUUAACCCCCUUGUUGGCAGCCAUCUCAUCUGUGACAUGUUGACUCCAAUACACAGUGAAGAAGACCCUUGUAAGCGAGGGGUUAAGGUCGAGCUGCUGAGUAAUUUUAAAGUCUCCUGUGUGAUAUAAAUGGUUUUCAAAGUUUAACAUGCAGUGAUGUGUUUCUGCUAUUCUGGUUGUUAAUUAGUUGGGGUGAUUAAGGGAUGGAAUUGUGCCAGACUGCCAGGGGUUAAAGCUCUGAAUUCCCAUAUGUCACUGUAUUGUUUGUACAUCACCACCUGUGGCCCCUGGGGGCCCUCAUGGAACUGAGAGGAACGUUGUAAGUAUAAGGCUUUGUCAGGGCGCAGCACACAACAAAGUCUGGAAUCGAGCUGUUCUUGGUGUACCCCAGGACACGACCUUACAGGGGAAGUCCGAAGCGAUUCACCUCAUGCGACAAUAAUGGAUUAAUUGAGACAAAACCCUGUCUGUCACCCUAUUCCAGAGACCUGUUGUCGCAGCAUCUACGCUUAUGGGACUGUCAAGCACUGCAGUUGGUAUGUUAACUGGCAAACAUCUGUAUUGGAGCUACCCUUGUUCUUCUUGAAGUUGAUGAGCGACGAUCUCUGAGACAUGUCCACUUCAGGGGCAUCCUGCUCGAGCGAUUAUCCCAGAGCAUCCAGAGAACGAGAGCAGAACUACAGCGGGCACAAAGACCUUGUCACCAUAUCUGAUGAAGGCACACUGGAUUUUAGGCCUGGGUGCAACCAUGAAGCUCAGGAUCUGGUGAAUUCCAUUCUGUCCCCUCGGACUUGGGAGAAAUACCUUGCCUCAUGGAAAAGCUGGAUACAGUUUAAAAAGUCAGUGCGGGAGAGAGGCUGGUGCAAACCUGAGAAGGUCAUGGUGGACUUCUUUGAGCAUUUAAUCGCCAAUGGGCAUAGCAGGGCAAAGGUUGUCAGCACAUUGGCAGGCAUUUCUUUUUGCUUACAGAUGAUGGAGAAGAAGGAUGUCACAAAGCAGUUCAUCAUCCAGCAAAUGCUAACCAGCUGGAGGAAUAAGGAGAUGGAGGACAAUGCAGAGACUGAGAGCAACGGUGACUCCGGGGAGCUCUUGACUCCUGAAAUGCUUGGCGCCGUGCUCUACGCCACCAAGAAGGUCUGCUUUGACAACAACGAGAGCAGGUUGUUCUGUGCUGUCUUCACCUUGACCUUCUAUGGACAGUUUGACAUGGAGGAGCUGGCGGCCAGGUCCAAGGAUGAAGACGGCACGGGCCUGGUCUUUAAGGAUGUGAUCAUGGAGCGCAAUUCGGUAUUCUGCAAAACGCAGAAAUCGCGCUCAAAUAAGAGCCAAUGGGUGGAGGUGAAGAAGCGGGAGGACAAGUUCCUGUGCCCAGUGAGCAGGAUGAAGAAGUAUCUGGAGAUCAGGCCAGAAGGCGGUAGAAACUUCUUUAUCCACGAGAACGGCACGCCGCUCACCCAGUUCCAGUUCAGCCGGGUGCUAUCGUUUGCCCUGGAGGAGGCUGGUCUUGAUUCCAGGAGGUUGGGGCCUCAUUCCCUCAGCUAUAAAACCUAAGCCUCUGCAGCUGGAAGCCUGCCCAUCUCUCAAAAGGUGUGAGAAGCCUCAGAUGAAAACUGUUAACCUCUGACUUUUGGGUUUCAAAGUAGUUCCGCAGCCUUACAGCUGCACCAUUUAAGUGUCAGUGCUGGUGGCAUUACUUGGAGUUAGAGACUGGCUGCUUCCAUCUGUGGCUUGUGGCACCGGAGUUUUGCUCCCUAGCACAUUAUCUUUCAGAGGUAAGUGCACUUAAAGUGUAUCUAAGGCUGGCCAUGCAGUAUACAAUGUUCUUGUUCAAUUUUCCUUUAGAUUUACCAAAACCAUAUAAUAUGGGGUCAUACCUAAACACUUUCAAAAUGCAUGCAAUCAGGU